AUGCUUCCCUUUGCUAUCCCUUACCCUCCCGAACAGGCCGAGGGCUUCUGGGGAAUCCCCACGUCGACCAUCGACUGGUGCGAGGAGAACUAUGUGGUGCUGCCUUUCAUAGCCGAGGCCUUGAACACCACCACCAACGCUGUAUUUAUUGCCCUUGCUGGGUUUGCCAUUUUCCAUGCUCACAUCAACCACUUGGAGCUUCGUUUCCAGUUGCUGGCGUUGGGCUUUAUGCUUGUGGGCGUUGGGUCAUGGUGCUUUCACAUGACGCUUAAAUAUGAGUACCAGCUCUUGGAUGAACUUCCUAUGAUCUAUGCCACGUGUAUCCCGUUCUGGAGUGUUUUCUCUGAGUUUAAGGAUAGACGGGGGCUGAUUUUGGUGGGCGUGGGCAUUUUCUCGGCGGCAAACUUGUUGACGGUGAUUUACUUGUACUUCAAGAACCCCACAAUUCACCAGACAGCGUAUGGCUUGUUGAAUGCGGGCAUCAUCUUCAAGUCGUACUCGUUGGCGAAGGACCACGUUCGUGACGAAAAGGCUGCCAAGCAGCUCAAUAGAACCAUGCUUUUGGGCGUGGCGCUUUUCCUUUUUGGCUAUAUCUUGUGGAACUGCGAUAUCCACCUUUGUGCCCAUGUCAGAGCUACGAGAAGAGACUGGGGCAUGCCUUAUGGGUUCGUGCUCGAGGGCCACGGCUGGUGGCACAUUUUCACCGGCACAGGCGUGUACUUCUACCUCGUGUACGAGGAGUACCUCAGAUGCUUCUUGACCAAGACUGAAAAGUUUUAUGAAUUCAGAUGGAUCUUUGGUUUGCCUGUGGUGCAGCUCGUGGAUCCAGAGGGAUUGGUGGCAUUCAAGGCGGCUGAAAAGGAGAAGAAAGCUAUAUAG